UUUAAUAUUGGGGAUGGUAAUUACCAGUUUACAGUUACCAAUAAUUCAACGGCGUGGCGGCGUUUUACCACGGCUUAUUUAUUUAGCCAUGGGUUCUACGAAUUCACGAUAUUAUAAUUAAAUUAAAAUAGUAUAUUAGUAUUACCUUGACACAGCCAUAUGUAUAUCGGUUUUAACUUUUUAAGUCUUUGUCGUCCGCGAGAACGUAUAUUUACACUCUCCGAGGACCGAGACUCGACUUAGAACGCAUACCGAGAUGAUGGAUUCUUCAAUUAGUGGCGGUCCGAGUUCUAGCAACCAUCAUCAUCCAUACGGCCGAAGCUUGGGACCUCAACCGAUGACCGAAUUGGCAUUUUCCACUCCCAGCACUGUUCACAAUCAUAGCAACAAGCCUAAUGAUGAAUCCAAAGCAGUUAUCAACGAGGGCAAGAAGCUUUUGGUUGGAAGUGUUAAACAAGUGGCGCGUUGGUGCCGAUUGUUAUCGUUUUUGGAACCAACUAAAAUUAUUUACCAAGUAUUCGGAGUUAUGGAUUUGGUAAAAACUGGCAGCAAUAAAUGCGAAAAAAUAUUUUGUUUGCGCAGCGAACAGAAAAAAUCUGGAAUAGUAUGUGUAUUUUAUGAAAUAGAUAGAAAAAUGCCUAAUAUAUCUAAAGGAACAUUAGUAUUGUGUACUGGUCAUGUAAAAGGAAAAAAUAAAUUGCAAGUAUUCACUAUUCGAGAAAUACAUGAAGACAAAACUUCAUUCGAUAGAAUAUCUUUAGUCAGCCAUUGGACAAUUAAUGAUAUUUUAAUAUAUAAGGUCUAACCGUCUAAGUAUUAUUAUAAGUAGUUUCAAUUGUAAAUUAUUUUU